UCACCUGUGGGCCACGAACUCGUCCCCCCCGCAUGUACUCGUCGCGCGGCGAUUGAAUCGCGGUGUGCCGCCUCUGCAUUCGGCUAUGGGACCAGCAAUGGUCCAAAUUGGACGGUUAUUUCUGGGUGUUCAGAAGGCCAAACUGUAUCGGCAAAACCAGAUCACGAAAACAAAGUUGUUUGGACUCAACCGCUCGAUAUUCAUUACAUAACAAAGGGUGUCCAGGGUACAAAUUACAUACAGAGUCCAAAGGCAACAUAUUUUUACAAAUUGACAUUAUCUUAAGAAAUUUUAGCCAAUUUGGUAUAGAGUAUAAGUAAAAAUGAAGAUUAUUACUUACCUUGGGUUUACACUGCUCUCCAUACUGAUACAGUUUAGUUUUAUGGACUUUAUCCAAGAAAGAAUAAAGCCAGAUGUAAAACCACUGAUUUCUAACAUUACUAGCAAUAAAAAACUGUUUCGUGACAUACUGCAAGAAUACUCUAAGAAACCCCAUGCACUAUAUUACCGUACUCUGAGCCAGAUACAAGAAAACAAAAACCUAACAUCAGACCCAAAAAAAUAUGAGAACUCUACUUUAAAUGGUAGCACAUUAGAAACAACCACAGAUACUUUCAGCACUACAUUUGAAGACCUGUUUGAUGAAAGUUCUUCCGUGUCAGAUGUUGAAACUACGACAGAUACCUUUUACUCCAGCACAGAAAUAGAGAAUGUCACAGAGUUCACAUUAUUUGAAAAGAAAAAUAAAACAGUAACUAAACCAAUUUCUAGUCCUAAGAAGAGUGUUACCAAAGACUUGUGUCAUUGUAAUCUGUUGUUCAAAGUGUGUGAUAUUAAUUGCUGUUGUGACAGUGAUUGUUCGGACGCAGACAUUAAUUUAUUUGAGAAUUGUGGUAAAGAGGCUCCAGAUGGUAGGCGAAAUGAUGUAUGCUAUCCUCAAUUCAGUAUUAAACCACAAACAACUAAUUUUAUUGGUAAUCUAUUUUGUAUAGCAAAAACAAAUUUACCAGAGAAACGUAAUGUUAACAAGUAUGAUAGAGAAUUUGCUACUAAAAUUAUGGAUGCGACUUUAAAAUGGCAUAAAACGAAAACAUCAAAGGAUAAUAUAGAAUUUUCUAAGGAACUGUAUAAAUCUGGUGAUCCAAUAUGGUUACUGAAAAAUGGCUCGAUAGGAUAUUUAGAUGUAUCAAACCCAGAAGUAAACCACUAUUGCACAGGUAGAAAAAUGAUUCAGUUUUUAAAGGAUGAAAGAAUUCAAUGCAAUGUAAAAUUAACGCACUUAGAAAUGAUACAACUUUACAAAACAAUCGAAGAAACCAUGGUUAUAAGUGUUAUAGAUCGCACUUUGAACGCAUCAACUUUGAAUUGUUCUAAUGUUCAUUGCACCAACUGGACAGCCAUUGUUUGCAACGAUACGUCAUGCGUAUACUACAACAAAUCUAUACACGAACCAUUCUGCACAGAUAGUCAAUGCACACAUAUUGCACUGAAAAUUGACUACACAUUUUAUUACCACAAUUUAAAGAUUCUUAAUGCUACAGUCAAGAUGUUCACACAGAAUGUGUCAAUGAAUGUGCCCAUGAUGACACAAGACAUAAGUGUGCGAUUUUACCUCGCAAACACAUCAAUUGAACAAACUGUUCAAUUCAGUGGUAAUCCAGGCUACAUUCCUAAUCGUCCAGUCAUCGUGUCGCAUGUUGAAAGCAAUCACACUGAGAAUUUCUUCAACAGCAGUUCAAUGCAAAAUCAUUUCAUACUGCCUGUUAAUGAAAAUGGAAAAUGUACCGUAUCUAAUACAGCAAAAGAUGAAUUGAAAUUUGGCUUAAAUAAGAGAACUAAAUGCCGAUUGAAUUUGGAACCCAAGUUUUUAUCCCACAAUGGCACACAAACAUGUAGAAUGAUCCAUACCAGCAUUCAAGAAUAUUUAGGAUUAAAUUACACAUCAUUUGUUUCUCCGUAUGGCAAUCCACGUGGACAAGAAGACUCCCAGUGGAUUCCACUACAGGCGCAAGCCUUUAUGAAAGACUCCAUAACGGGAGAAUUCCUUGAUGGAAAAUCGACUUUAGUUUGUCGCAAUAUAGUGACAGCUGUAUCUCUAAUGUUUACAUACGCUGACCUAAGUGAGGCGAAUGAUAAACUUGAAAACAAAAUCCUUACAGCAACUGUGCAAAGAACAGAGCGGAAUGUUACUUUCCAAGUGGAUGAUGUCUCCACCGUCUUGACAGUGGACGUGACCUUCGUCGACGUCACUAAACCACCUGCGUACGAGUUUGCUGGCAGCCCAGAUUUUAAUAUUCAUUUACCUGCAGACUUUUUCUUCCCAUUUCCAAAUAGAGCUUUUGUUAAUGGUUGUAAUUUAAUGCCAUUAAUUUACUUAUGUGGAGCAAUGUUAAUCGCAAUAAAAUAACUCGAAAUAAUAAC